AUGGUUAUAUCAGUCAUGGAAAAUUCAAAGUCUAACAAGUGUCAAUUAUUCUUCGAAGUACUGAUCCUACUUCUAGGAACCGCGAGUGCCGUACACUAUCGUCUAGUUCCUGAAAAUGAAGAGAUAUAUACGGCAUGCCCAAAUCAACCAUCAAACGUGAAGCAUAUUACAGAAUUUUUUGAUGUUUCGGAACUACAGACAAAAGAUGUUGGGGAUAAGAUAUUAGUGUCUGGAAAUGUGACAUCUACUUGGAACUUCAACCCAACUGAUCAUAUUAUAGGUUCGGCAAAGAUGUAUCGUUAUGAUCGUCGAGAAUGGGAUAAUGCCUUUUACAGUAUCUCAUUUACCGACUUAUGCUCCGAAAUUUUUGAUGAACGAAAGCACUUGUACAAGUUUUGGAUGAAGCAUGUAGUCAACUUGCAGGAUAUAAAGGCCAAAUGCGUUUUGCGUGGUGUAAAAUUUAUUCAUGAACCGUUUGCGCUAGAUAUGAACAUAGAUAUCGCAGCAAUUGUUCCCACAGGACGACAUAAGGUGGUACUUAUAUUAAAAACGAUUGAUAAAGAGGGACAAAUACGAGAACCUACCAUGUGCCUUGAAAUUAUAGGGGAGGUAAUCAAAGGGUAAAUUGUUGAAAAAUAUAAAAAAAAUCUGGUG